GCCUUAUAAUCUUAUCUAUGCUCACUCCUACCACGACCAUUCUUGAACAUCAUGAUAGCGGACCGAAGGGCGCGCCUCGUGGUUGGUGAUUCUGACGGUCGAGAUUGCGCCAGUGCAAAACUCAGAGACUCGAGGACCCUGGGAUAUGCUGGAGAGACGGGAUAAUGAUCUCUGGGCGACGGCUGGGCGCGAUGAGACCGCCGUUACCGCUGCUGCCGCCAGAUCGGAGUUGGUGCGGAGCCAUCUGCAACGGCUGAACCUUGAGUGGAUCCAAACGUGGGAUAGCCAGUAUCUUAGAAAAGGCACGUACGAAGUGUUCCUUCACCAUUCGAAUGAUCUAAGUAUCUACUACGCUUGUUGACUCGGGCGACUAUUGAAUAUGGCUAUCAUGAUUCUCUCAUGGACUCAUGCCUGGCCCUUGGCUGCAGCUAUUUUGAUUAUUGUAGUACGGUAUGUUUGGCUCUCCAGAAGGAAGGCGACCGUCGGCAGCAAGGACAAGCAUCAUGAUAUUGUUUCAUUGCCGCACUUCGACGUUGCAGCAACCGAGCCUCAUCCCUACAGACCAUGGAAGUCUGGCAAGUUCGUCAUGACUAUGGGCAUUCAGAAAGUGGAAGAAAGCGACUGGCUUGCCAUCGACAAUCGAUAUCUGCCCGAGCAAGCAUUUCGGCGUGAUCUACUGGCCACGAAACGGCACAACGUCCUACAAGUUCUUCCAGGAUCUGAAGCUGCGUGCGCAGAAGUUCUUGAGGUGGUCGUCAACUAUGUCACCCAGCGGUAUCCAACUCUCUUCUACUCGCCAGCGGGCAAGAAUGAUUAUGUGCACAACAGCCUGACGGGUCGGACCUUUAAAGUAACAUACCCCUAUGAGUUGGAACCUCUCGAAAUUGCAGCACAGCUUGUCAUGGAAGAUCUGAAUGUGUUGAUCCAAGGCUUUGCAGCAAGCUAUAGUAUGGCGCCAGCUGGCUGGCACCUUGAGGAACGCAUUGGAUGGCCUUUGUGGAAAAUCCAUACUCCAGUGCCGUUGUGGAAGGACAAGUUGAGAGCUUCUGUUGAAAAGUUCUUCACAAGAAUGCAGCCGGGUGACAUCGUCUCACGACACAACUUCUUCGUACAGGCCGACGACGUCUUGUUUCAAGCAGACCCGUUUCCCGCAACACUUGCUGCCCCGCCAACUAUCGAGAGCCUCCGCAUUCGCCACGAAAGACAGACACUUCGUCGCCUGCCGAAAACCGGGGUCAUUUUGUUUACCGUGCGGACGUAUCUGACGCCCUUAACUGAUCUCGAGGACGACCCAGAAAGUAUGCAAGAGUUCUUAGGUGCGAUCAGGGCCUUUCCAGAAUCUAUAGCCAGAUACAAAAAUCGGCAUCUCUGGGGAGAGACUGUCGAGACGUGGUGCGAAGAGAAGUUGGAGAAGGCAUCGGCGGAA